CUCCGGAGAAAUUCAGGAGAUUCUCAGGAGUUCAGUGCAACAAGGAGACUGUUGAACCUCAGCAUACAAACAGUGUGUGCUCCCUGAUUCUAGUUUCGGUUUGUGCAGUUGGGUGGACAACACAGACAGUAGAAGACGUCACCUUGGAGAUUUAUGAAGAAGCAAGUGUCCCAACAGAGACAAUGGGCAGUGGCUGCAGCCUCAAGCUUGGGUUUGCAGCAGCGUGAAAGCGGAUGUAACCAGCAGCACUUGAACGCAGCAGCAGACUCCAGCUUCCUCACGCGGAGUCACGCAGCCAGCGGAGUGUUUGUUUCCAAAGUGAAGGAGGCUCCUCAACAAACACACCGGCAUGGAGGUGCUGCUGCGGGGACAGGAGCACGACAGACGCACGGGGGCCCGGAGGAUGUAACCGGGAGCCGACCGGGAGCCACUGUGAGACGAGCGGUGUGAACACAAAAGAAACCGCCGGGAGCGAGAGACGAUGGUGGGGAGAGCAGCGGCGGCAGCAGCGGGAAGAGGAGCAGGAGGAGGAGGCGGAGGAGCAGACGCGGGUUUCACGUCGUCCCCAGCCGCAGUUUUCUGAACAUUCUUCCGAACUUCGACACGACGUUAUCCGAGAAAAAGCCUCCAGCAUGUCGGACCCGAGCCACUGGUCUGCGGUGCCGAGUCACAACAAGUCCCACUUUGUCCCCGGAGCUCUGCUGAAGCGCUCGAAGAGCUGUCGCAACAGGAAGAGCCUCGGUGUCGGGACGCCAUCGCCCACGCUGUCCCGGCCACUUUCUCCUCUCUCUCUUCACACCGCUGCAAGCAGCCCUCUAGACAGCCCCCGAAAUGUGUCGACCAGCGCCUGCCUCAACUUUCCAUUUGCCAGAAGUCACUUGGCUCGUGCUGACAGAGCUGAGGGCCGGAGAUGGUCCCUGGCAUCCCUCCCCUCGUCUGGCUAUGGAACCAAUCCGCCGAGCUCCACUGUCUCAUCCUCCUCGUCCUCCCAGGAGCGUCUUCACCAGCUUCCGUACCAACCGACACAAGAUGAGCUGCACUUCCUUUUUAAACACUUCCGCAGCACAGACAGCAUGACCGACGAGGAUGGAAGGCCCUCGACUGUCAUACGACCUCGGUCUCGGAGCCUCAGCCCCGGGCGAUCAAGUGUUUCCUUCGAUAACGAGAUAGUCAUGAUGAACCAUGUCUACAAAGAACGUUUUCCAAAGGCCACAGCCCAGAUGGAGGAACGUUUAUUGGAGAUCGUCACUCACUGUUCUCCAGACAGCUCUCUCCCACUGGCUGACGGGGUGCUGGGCUUCAUCCAGCACCAGUUGGUGGAGCUGGUCAGAGACUGCCUGGAUAAGUCCCAGAAAGGCCUGGUUACUUCCCGCUACUUCGCUGAGCUGCAGGAGAAACUGGAGAAGCUGCUCCAUGAGGCUUAUGAGCGUUCUGAAAGCGAGGAGGUAACCGUCAUCAUCCAGCUGGUGAGGAAGAUCCUCAUCAUAAUCUCUCGGCCGGCUCGACUCCUCGAGUGUUUGGAGUUUGAUCCAGAAGAGUUUUACCACUUACUUGAGGCAGCAGAGGGCCACGCUAAGGUCGGCCAGGGAAUCAAGACGGACAUCCCGCGGUACAUCAUCAGCCAGCUUGGUCUGACCAGGGACCCUUUAGAAGACAUGGUGCAGCUUGAACAGUAUGAGGCCAGUCCUUCAGUGUCAGUGGAACCAGAUGCUCAUGUGGAGAAUAAGGCUCCACAGACUCUGACACCCACACGAAGGAAACCUCUUGAAAGAGAUUUUGAGACGAUCAAACUCAUCAGUAACGGAGCUUAUGGGGCUGUGUAUCUGGUUCGCCACAAGGAGACCCGCCAACGCUUUGCCAUGAAGAAGAUAAAUCGUCAGAACCUGGUCCUUAGGAACCAGAUCCAACAGGCUUUCGUGGAGAGGGACAUCCUGACCUUUGCUGAAAACCCCUUUGUCGUCUCCAUGUUCUGCUCCUUUGAGACACGACGCCACCUGUGCAUGGUCAUGGAGUAUGUGGAAGGCGGAGAUUGUGCCAACUUACUGAAGAACAUGGGUCCACUGCCUGUAGAAAUGACAAGGAUGUACUUUGCUGAAACAGUCCUGGCUCUGGAGUACCUUCACAACUACGGAAUCGUGCAUCGGGAUCUCAAACCUGACAACUUAUUAAUUACAUCCAUGGGCCACAUCAAGCUAACAGACUUCGGCUUGUCUAAAAUCGGCCUCAUGAACAUGACCACCAACCUGUAUGAGGGUCACAUGGAGAUGGACACAAGAGAGUUUGAAGACAAACAGGUUUGUGGCACUCCAGAGUACAUCGCCCCGGAGGUGAUCCUCAGACAGGGCUACGGGAAGCCUGUGGACUGGUGGGCAAUGGGGGUCAUCCUCUAUGAAUUCCUGGUCGGCUGUGUCCCGUUCUUUGGAGACACGCCCGAGGAACUUUUUGGUCAGGUUGUCAGUGAUGACAUAAUUUGGCCUGAUGGAGAAGAUGCAUUACCCUCUGAUGCCCAGGACCUGAUUACCCGCCUGCUGAGGCAGAGUCCCUUAGACCGACUGGGAACCGGUGGAGCAUCAGAAGUCAAGCAGCACCCCUUCUUCCUGGGUCUGGACUGGAAUGGUCUCCUGCGGCAGAAAGCUGAAUUCAUCCCUCAGCUGGAAGCAGAGGAUGACACCAGUUACUUCGACACUCGAUCAGAACGCUACCAUCACUUGGCGUCUGAUGAGGAUGAGGAAACCAAUGAUGAAGAGUCUUCCUUGGAAAUCAGACAGUUUGCUUCAUGGUCGCAUCGCUUCAGCAAGGUUUACAGCAGCACAGAACAUCUGGCGACACCUUCCAACCUAAGUUUCUCCUCCGACCGUAGCCACAGUGAGGAUAAGGAGGACCGCAGGGAAAUGGGAGGACUCAGUCUCUCCCCAAGCCCAGCAGAGGGCAGUGUGGAGCGCAGACACGCUGAACGUAUGGCCAGCCUUCGCCCUCGAGCCUCCUCUAGCUCCUCCCAGUCUGAGAGGAGCCCCAGCCCUCUGGUGAUGAGCAGCACCCACAGCCUGGAGACGAUGCCACGCUUUGCCCUCUCCACUGACGACGAAGCCGAGGUUGUCGUCUCAAACCUUCGGAGGAUCAGGAUUCGCAGUAACAGCACCGGGGCCAAACACUCAUCCCCCAAGGACCCUGUCGGCCCCCGGCGCUUCGGUAACCAGCUGGAUACACCAGAUAGACAGAGGCUUCCCUGUGGAGGGAAGGUCCCAAAGUCCGCCUCUGUCUCAGCCCUGUCUCUCAUCAUCACUUCAGAUGACUCACCCGGCGGCCUCCAGCCCAGUCCCAUCUCACCUCGCUCACUGUCCUCCAACCCCUCAUCACGUGACUCAUCACCCAGCCGAGACUUUUCCCUCGGCCCUGGCAGCCUGAGGCCGCCCAUCGUCAUCCACACCUCUGGGAAGAAGUUUGGCUUCACCCUACAGGCUAUCCGCGUCUAUAUGGGCGACAGUGACUUCUACACAGUGCAUCACAUGGUGUCGAGUGUGGAGGAGGCCAGCCCAGCGCACCAGGCAGGACUCCGCACUGGAGACCUCAUCACACAUGUGAACGGGGAGUCUGUCCAAGGCCUGGUCCACCCUGAAAUGAUAGAACUGCUACUGAAGAGCGGCAGCAAGGUGGCGCUUCAGACAAUAGCGCUUGAAAACACAUCAAUUAAAGUUGGUCCCGCUCGAAAGACCAAACACAAAGGCAAGAUGGCUCGUCGCAGCAAGAAGAGCAAGAGGAGAGAUAAUUACGACAGGCGGCGAAGCAUCUUGAAGAAGCUGUCUAAGCAGAGCACGGUGAUGCACAGCAGCCGCAGCUUCUCUUCUGGUCUCCAUCACUCCGUUUCCUCUAGCGAAAGUCUUCCAGGCUCCCCGACGCACAGCCUCUCCCCUGGCCCUUCCACACCGUGCCGGAGCCCUGCACCCGACCAUCAGGCCUUUGAAAAUAACUCUCCUCAAAGCACAUCUCCAUGCUCCAGCUCUCCCAGUUCUCCUGCCGCACACAUUCGGCCCAGCUCACUCCACGGCCUGGGCUCCAAACUCAGCACGCAGCGCUAUACCAAGGUGGGCCGCCGCAAGUCCACCAGCAACAUCCCUCCCUCACCUCUGGCCUGCAACUCUUCAUCCUCCACCCAGCCACUUUCACCACAGCGCUCUCCAUCCCCACUGCCAAGCUUCGCUAAAAGCCUUCACUCUUAUCACGGCAAAACCCUGUCACCACCUACCAUUGUUCGGCACAUUGUUCGUCCCCGCAGCGCUGAGCCUCCCCGAUCACCGCUGCUGAAGAGGGUGCAGUCAGCUGAGAAGCUGUCGGGAGUGUAUCAUGCAGAUAAGAAGUCGUACGCCCCACGCAGGCACACGCUGGAAGUGCCGUUUUAUGGUGAGGCUGAUCUGCUCUGUGACUCUGAGGCAGAGGGCUCCUGUGGAGGCUCCUACAUCGGGGGCGAGCACAGCAGGCUAGUCGGCUACAUCGGGAACCAGCGGGUGAGGGACUCUGGGAUUGAACGAUCUGAGCAGCUGGUUGUGAUGAGAAAGCUCAACCUAUCAGAGCGCAGAGACUCCUUUAAGAAGCAGGAGGCAGUGCAGGAGGUGAGCUUUGACGAGCCAGAGGAGAAAAACAGCACCGCGCUCACUGUGACCACCACAGCACCAGGAACCCAAACACAAGUUAAGCAGCCGCAGCAGCAGAGGACAGCAUGGAUGCUCACUCGACCCCAAACAAGUGAGGAGGUGGAGCUGGAAGUUCCAGUGGUGAGGAGGUUUACGCUGGUGCCCCAGAUCGCCGUGCAGGGCUCAACGGAGAGCGAGGAGCAGGACGAGUGGGAGCCGUGUUCAGACAGCGAGGAAACCACAGAGAAGCAAGAGCUCGAGAUCGGUGUCACUUCAUCUCCGCAGCAACAGGUGGGACGUCCUCUGAGUGAGGUGAUCUGCAGUCAAGCAGCAGAACCCACUUCCCGUGGUUCUCACAUCGGGCCAUCAGCAGAGAAGAUUGAGUGCAGAGAGGAAACACCACAAAAAGGGCAUCAGAGAAAGUGAGAGCUCAACACUGAUCUCUCAUUUCAGCUGCUCGUUUCUCUUCUUUCAAGCGUAAUACGCAUCAUUGCUGAAGGAAACUCCCAGGUGUUUUUUGUCUGAGCCAGAUGAACUGGAAUCUGAACUCAUUAACAAAUUGCUGAAAGACGGUGGGAAAAGAUUUUACCUGAAUUGUUGUUGGGUUUUUUUUGUAAAUAUCGAGGACGUUCUGGUCGUAUUUAUUACAUUUGAUGAAUUAGUAACAGGGAAUGAGGGAACUUCUCAUUCGUUGAGUUGCCAAGGCUCAACGUUUUUGUAUCCAUAAAAUGUGGCUUUAUGUCUUUUGACUGGAUUUUUUGCUAUAAAUGUCUAUUUUUUAAAACAAUAGUUGUGGCACAGAGUAGUUUGAUAAUGUUGAGGAUAACUGUUGCAGGACCAAAAGGUACGAGAAGCAAAGUGUUUGUUUCUUUUUCCCCGUUCAGUGUCUGUUUUUAAUCUGAACCGUGCAGCUUCCAGUAAUGUAAAUCUGCUACAGUAUGAUCAUGGUCUUCAUAAACAUAACAGUGACUUUUAGUUCACACUGUGAGAAACUUGUGUCAUUUUCUGAUGAACUCUCUGAGAUAACAGAUUAGCCUUCCAUAGCACUACAUGUACAUCCUUCAGAACAAGCAUUAACACAAAAGCUACCGAGCUUUAAUGAAGCCGCAGUAAAAAUGAUGUAAGAUUGAAAGUUGAGCAAAAGUUGGAAACUUUGCACAACUGGAACUGGAACUCCUUUUUGUGUUAAACAUGAAACCAGUCAGAGCAGGGUAACAUCGCAGAUCACCCAGGUGUGACUUUAAAGUACAAUCUGUUUUACCUGCCAUAUUUGUGCAGUGUCCUCUAAGCUAUAUCUUCUUUAAAAAAAAAAGUUAAUUUGUGUUUCCCAAGUGUCUCUUUUCUGAAAAUAUCCCAGUCUUGUUAAAGUCUCACGAAAAGUAAAGAUGUCACCCCCCCCCCCAAAAUCUGCUUCCUGCUCACCUUUUUGACAUCUGUGCACACUGAUACGGCCCAACUCCGUCUCAACGCACAGAGCAGCCAAAUCGAGACCGAAUCGUCUUCUGAGCCUGGAGGGAAUCACAGGAAUAUCUUUGUUUUGGUUUUUUUACCUCUGUUAGAGUGACUACACAUUUGAGAAGUGCUGCAUUCUUUGGCGUUUUGCCUUGUCUUUUUUUUUUCUCACUAACGUGUGAGAGACACCCUGCCUGAAACGAUCUUUUCCUACUUCAUUUACUGUGUAGUGAUGUUUACAUCAGGUGGGGAAAAGUGCACUAAUGUAUUUUGACACGACUUUUGUAACCGAAUGUUGAAGAGGGAUGCAUUUACAUUGAAUCCAAACCCAGGGCUUCAUUGAACAUAUGUUUUGUGUUUGUAUUGUACAAAUAUUAAUGUAUAUUUUGAUAACGAGGUUGUGUAUAAUUCCUAAGGUGUUGAAGGUCGUGAUAAUGCACAAUGACAGCUUGAUUUUCGUAUCUGUCAGUGGCUGUUGCUGGCUUUUGUACUUUAUCUCCGGUUUCUAUAGCAUCAGUUUUUUUUUUUAUGUUACUUAAGCCCCCCUCUUCCACCUUAAGAAUACUCCUCUCCUGUUGUGUCAGUGCAGAUAGAUUCCUGAAUGGUUCAGUCAGCGUGACAGAAUGGUUUACAAUGAACAAACAUGCUAUGUACUGUACGAACAUUUUAUAUCCUUUUGGUUGUAUAUGAUGAAACUGCUCACUUUAAUACCCUUUGAAGAAGAUGACACUCGAAAGAGGUGCAGAUCUGUCUUUUGUCUUUGUUUGAAGAAAGUGUCCAUGAAAAUGAAUUUAACACCAAGCUGAGAAUUGUUCAACAAUUUUACAUGCACUUUGGUAACAGAGUUAUCAUCAGCAUUUAGAAGAUAUUAGGAAGAGAAAGAAACUCUUUCCUUAGCUGGAUGAAUGGACGAGGAAGAAUCAGGCUUUUCAGAGAAACACAUUGAGCAUGCUGGUUUACAAUGUGGUUUUUACAUGUGCACAUCUGAAUGAGAACUAUGUCUUUAGAAAUAUCAUUACCCCAGAGGUGCAUUCAUGUAUGUAAUAUAAUAGGAUCCAAGUCAAACUACAAGGGCACUCAGUAGAGCACAAUAUCUGCACCAAGGAGAAACAGUCCCCUUAUGAAACCACUUUUAAUUCUCCAGAUCCAGAUUUUUAUUUGGGACACACAGAUACCAGUCCCCUCAAUAUGCCUUAUGUUCUAAAUGAAGACCCAUGAAUAAUUAUGAGAAAUUAAUGGAAAUAUUGGAAAAAUAUAUUUUCUUACCCUGUUUGAAGGGGGAAAGAAAUUCCUGGAUCCGCACCCUGAUUUGGAUCUGCUCCAAUUGAAUGAGUCCUUAACUGACCCAUACAGCAUCCUUCCACCAAGUGUCAUCCAGUAGAUUUUGUGUAAUACUGCUAAAAACAUAACCUCCUUGGCAGAGGUAAAACCAGAACUAAAACCACAGAUUUCAGACACACGAAGGGACAAACAGAAUUGAAAAGGCUUCAUGCCUAAAGAAUACAUUGAAAUUAGGACCCAGAUUACUGUCCAGCUGCAUGUAAACAUGUUUUAAAUCGCAUUCAUACCAAUGAAUCCCUUUGAAAAACCUGGUUCCUUGCGUGAAUGUAAAAUGUAUUGCUUUGCUCGUCUCUCCUGGUUCAAAGUCUUGUGUCAGGGCAGCUUCAACCACCAGAGGACAGCACAACACUCAGCUGGUGUUAGACUCAUGUCUUUACAGAGCAAACUGGCAGGUCCAACUGUUGUACACGUACAUGUGUUCUCCUGUGGACUCUUCUGUUCAGUGCAUGUUGCAUGACACAAGCACACAUCUGUAAUACUUGACUGCAUGGUAUACAGGCAUUGUUGCCCCGUACUGUGUUUUCUUGUGUAACAAAUAAACUUUGUAUUUCUCUCUGA